AUGCAUCGUCCUGGACGUGAGCUUGAGCGUCUCACACCAGAAAACAAAGAUUUACUCUUAUUCGACAACAUACCCAAUAUUAAUGAAACUCAUCAAUCGCAUGAUGCUUUUGCUGAUGCCUUGCGCAAAGAAAAUGUGAAAGUCUUCUAUGUGCUAGAUCUUCUUCGUGAAACUUUAGAGAAUAGUUCCCAAGCAAAGACAAUGCUCAUCGAUGGCAUCGUUAACCAUAGUGGUUUUUCUCAAGAAGCAUCUAAUGCUCUUGCUGAAUUUCUCCACAGUUUAACACCUACUCAAUUAGCUCAUACAGCAGUGGAAGGUCUUGCUUGUACCGAAGAGGAACUUAGCAGUGGUGGAAGCUCAAAAUCAAUCCUUCUCAAUGCUUGCUCAUCGAAUGAUGCAUUUCUAGUACCUCCUCUACCGAAUAUAUUAUUCACUCGAGAUUCUUUCUCUAUCAUGGAGAAAUCUGUCUUCAUAUGGCGCAUGGCCAAGCCGGCUCGACGCAAUGAACCGCUUAUAAUGCGUGUCAUUUUCACUUUUCAUACACCGCAUGCACAUCUCUCAUUUAAGGGUCUUCAUGUAGUCGACUGGGAGACUCGUGCAGACUCUACAGCAACUGUUGAAGGUGGUGAUGUUGCUUAUCUUGGUCAUGGUACACUCCUUAUUGGCAAUGGCGAAAGAACAAAUCGUGCUGGUAUUGAAGCUAUCGAACGCACUCACCUCUUUCGUCAAGUGAUUGCUGUUGAAUUACCGGAAAAUCGAGAUUAUAUGCAUUUGGAUAUCGUCUUGAGUUCGGUUGGUCGUCACUCAUUUAUUUGCCAUAGCCAUUUAGCACACCAACUGGCUGUCUACACUGUACAGACACCAAAAGAAGGAGAUGGUCAGACAGAAUGGCUUUUGCAUGGACAUGAUGUGCGUGAGGCACUGAGACAUCUUCUGUGUGAUGCUGAUUUAAAAUUUUAUGAUGCGGCCGAUGAAGCUACAUCGAUUGCUGAACAACAUCAGUGCCGCGAUAAUAUGCUAUGUGUGUGUAAUCAAACUGUAAUCACUUAUGCAGGCGGUGAUCCUAUUAAAGGUGUUUUCCAUCAAAUGACACAUGAUAAAUCGCGACCAUGUCAUGUGGAUACAUUUCCUUCACAAGGUCUCAUUGAGGGAUGCGGUGGUGCUCAUUGUAUGACAAACCCUUUACAUCGCUCGGAAAAUUGA